CGAAAGGGUCAUAUUACUGCUAUUACUUGCCUACCAAAACAAAGAUUACAAAGUAAUUCUGACUAAAACCUAACAAAAUGCCGGUAGAUUGGUUCGGUUAUGUGUACGCUGCCACGGUGGCCGCCGGCGGAGUCAUGGGCUACGCCAAGGCGGGUUCCAUUCCAUCGCUGGGUGCUGGCCUGGCCUUUGGAGCCCUGCUCGGCUAUGGCGCCCAUCUGAAUUCCCAGGACACACCGCGUCCAUUGCUUCAACUGGGCACUUCCCUGUUUCUGGCCGGAUUAAUGGGCAUGAGGUGGAACCGUUCCGGCAAACUUAUGCCCGCCGGCAUGGUCUGCAUGCUAUCCGUGGCCGCUCUGGUGAAGAAUGUGGCUACAUACAAUCGGUACCUCCUUCCCGUGCCAGCAGGCCCAAGGGGAACAUAAAGCCUUUCAUGUUGGGAAUAUCCAAAAUGCUGGACUUGCCUGGAGAUUUUUGUAAUACUUAAUUUUCUUCGUUUACACAACCAUGUUAAUUGGUGUGGUCAUUUAAAUAUCUACAUUUGGUGAUUGGAAACCUUGGUAUAGCGCUGUGUCACUUUCUAAGCUAGCGAUAAGAUACUGUACUCGUUGGUCGACGAAUAAAUUUUAUCAUCUUGCUGGACUAAAA